AUGGGCCAUGCCGUCAGCCGCAAGACGCCCCAGGCGAAGAAGCUGGAGGCAAAGAUGAGCAUUGAUGAAGCACCGUUGCCCAUCGCCGCUGAAAGGGGCGCGCCGGUGGCCGCCACGGCGCACGAGAAGCAGCGCGGGCCCGACUCCCAGGAGGGUCUGACGGAGGAAAUGAUCGAAGGGCUGACGCGUAGCAGCGUCGGCAGCACUCACAGCAAGGCAAAGGACGCGGUCAACGACUGGAUCACCACGGCAAACUACUUCGUGAAAUACAACACGGACGCCUUGGAGCAGCACGAGGAAAGCAUGCGUACCCUCGCUGCUCUGCAGGCUGCGUAG